CGCAAAUCAUUUCCUAACAAUUUCUGCUGCUUUUCAUUUCAAAUUUAAAUUCUGGAAGCAGAACGGUGAUGUCAAAGACCGCUCAAUCCGUCCCAGGACCUUCUCACGUCGCAGGAAAUACCACCCAUUGGGUCAUCGCUGAGCUCAUCACGACGACCUCAAAGAUAACAACCGAAGUCAUCGAGGAUGAGGAUGAGGUCGACGCCGAGGAGAAUAAAAUGAGUCCUAAAACCAAACGCCACCGCUGCCCCAUUUGUCGAAAAGAUUUGUCCUCCAAGCCAGCCCUGACCUAUCACCGGCUCACCCACCUCAACCAAGAAGAGAAGACCGUGGCGAAGCAGGCUUGGCGACACGAGUGCUACUUUUGCCAGGAGAGAUUCGUCGAUGGAUCUCAUUAUCAUACUCAUCUGUCCACCCACACGGGGGAAAAGGCAUUUCGCUGCGACCAGUGCAGGAAGCUGUACAGUCAAAAGGGUUCUUUCGCAGUGCACAAGCGCACCCACAGCGCGACCUCGAGCCCCUUCUGGUGCGCGGAAUGUGACAAAACUUUUUCUACAAAAGGGAACCUGGUCGUCCACAAAAGAACAAUUCACGAGAAGCUGAAGGCCUUCGACUGCCCCCGGUGCCGGAAGAAGUUCAGCACCAAGAGUCAAAUGGGCCAUCAUGUGAGCACCGUUCAUCUCAAAAUUCUAUAUAUCUGCCCCCACUGCGGUGGGUCGUUCACACAGGAAGGAAGUCUUAGAACACACGUGAAGACGUUUCAUCCCUGAACCUUCGCGACGCCGAAAUAAUCCAGUGUCAAUGGAACCUUUUUUCAAGCUACGCUAGGAUUUUCUAACGAGUUAUAUCAAAAAAUUCAGCCAAAAAUUAGGAAUUACAAAGCACUUAUCUUUCCGUUGAAUGAGCCCCUUGAAAAAAAUAUUGGUGGCGUAGCUAAAUUUUCCUCCACGUGGCCAAGCCCAAUGGGGAUGUGUGAACUUUGCCCCCAAUAUUUUUCUUCAAACGAGUCAUUUAACGGAAAGAUACAUAAGUGCCAUGCAAUUCUGAAUUUUUGGCUUGAUUUUUUUGGAUCUCAAUCCCGGUGUAUUUAGCUUGAAAAAAGGUUCCAUUGUGAGUUUCAAUCUUAUAAUUUUUCAUAGAUAAAUAAUUUAUUAAUUUUACGAUGUAAUGAGAAUCGAUCUUCUCACAGAAGUCGCAUAACAAAUGACAAUAAUAAGACUU